CGGCGCUCCUCGUCUUGUCAGCCAGCCAAUCUAUCGAUUCGACCUAACCUCAGACUCGUCGAUAUGGACAGCGCAGCAACGGACUCUUUUACGCUCUCUGCCUUCACCUAGAAAGAAGAGCAACAUGGCGUCCAGCAGCGCAGAGGAACAGGAAGCAGUCCCCGACAUGCAGCCACCUCCAUCGCCAGGCGCAGCAAUGAUCUCCAACCUGCUUUCCAAGCUUAAGCCGCCCAACAUCCUGCGAGAUACAGCCUGGAUACCCAGAUACAGGGAGACGUGCUACCCUCCACCACCUCCAGCUCAGCAAGAGGGUGAAAGUAGCCCCAGCGAGUCGCCCGCUUCAUCCGGCGACGAGGCGUCAGACGGCCCUCUCCCGACAUCAUGGCACGACCACCUUGCCUCUGCUCCAGCAGAGGCUUACACAAGCGCCUUUUCUUCCCUCUUGUCCUCCGCUCUCACUCCGCCAAGCCUGGUAUGGUUUGGGGAGCAACACCAUCAGCCUCACGUCAUUCGUGCCCAAAUUCAGCUCCUGGCCGCCAUUUCUGACCAUUUCGCUGCGCAGUCAGCUGGAGAAGAUCGACGUGCUACUCAAGCCUCUGCUGCUGCUGCAACCUCGCCGAAUCGCCCGGUCCGCUACCACCUGCACCUCCUUCUCGAGCACUUCUCCCUCUCAGACCAGCCGCUUCUCGAUCGCUUCCGUCUCGGCCUCCUCGAUGCAGGUGAGCUAUGCGCCGCUUACAGGGAGAGGUCGGAUGAGAAGUUCCAGGUGGAGAUGUAUGCUCCCUUGCUAUUGCUGGCAAGGGAAAGAGGCGUCAAUGUUUGGGGUGGAUUCCCGAAGAGAGGAUGGGCGAGGGGAGUUGUGAAGGAGGGAGUGGGAAGUGUUGAGGGCUGGGAGAGACAGAGGUCUGCGGGAGAAGAGGAAGCUGCGCAAGGUUAUGCCGAGGAGACCAAGAAGUCAUUGGUCCCGCUACCUCCUCUGGCAACAUCGGAGCGCCGUAUCAUCCCUACCUUCACGGCCUGGUCACACGUCACCCAUCUCUCCCGCUCCCACAGGUCCUUCCUCGACUCCCUCAUGAAGCCGCAUUUGCCGCCCUACUUCCCGCAACUCCCCAUCAGCAGCAGCGAAACGGAGUCGUCGCCCUCAAUUGCGCAGCUUGCAGAGGGUCUGCGCUCUCUUGCUCCACCCUCAGCGAUCGAAAAGGGCUUCGCCCCGGCUCAAGCGCUCAAAGAUGCUUAUCUGGGUCAUGCAGCUGGUUGCCUGCUGAGAGAGGGGCAUCUGUUGGCCAAGGGUGAGAACGGCACCGAGUCACCUGGCAUGGUCGCUGCAAAGGAUAGGAACAACGAGGAAGAGGACGUCGAGCACCGCAACAUCGUCAUGGUCGUGGCCGGGCUCGGUCAUGUUCAGGCUGGGUUUGGCGCGCCUGAGAGGGUGGUGCGAGAGAUUGUUGAGGGGAGCGUGUCUGGGCAGAAGGAUGCAAAGAGAGAACGAGACUCGCUCAUUGUCCUGUCCAUGCCGAAGGACUCGUCUCUUUGGCUGGGACCGGAGUGGCGGGCGCCGUCGGCCGGUGAAGUAGAGGCUGGCGCCGCGCAGCCAUCUUCAAGGAACGACGGAACCCUCGCUCAGUCCAAAGCAGCAUCAGAAUCUGCUGCAGCCGAAGGGAAGGAAGCGGUCAUCCCCGAAGGAUGGGACCGCAAGCUAGCGGACGCCAUCGUGCUUUACGACUGGGUCGACUGGGAAAAGGAGAACGAAAAGAAGGCGGCGGCGGCCGCGACUCCAGCUUCUGAUCAAGCAUCUCCCUCUGCGGCUGCUGCCGCUGCUCAAGGGCAAGGACAUAGCAAGAGCAGCGCCGAGGGCAGCAGAGAUGCCAAAGGGGAGAAGAAGACCUCCUGAGUCGGGCGAAUGAAGUGAAGUUGCCAGAGUAGCGCCGCCUUCGAUCCCUGUAGAUAGACCACUCGAUACCACCACUACGUCAUCAUCGCUUCCUCAUAAUGAACACAAUGCUUUUAUCUAGAAUUACAC